CUUUCUUUCUUCUCUUCUCUCUGCCUUUCAGGAGGAGUCAGGUUGGGUUCCCCAAGUGUCUCUGGAGGGGCUGAAGGAGCCAGUUUCAGCGCAGAAGAUUCUGCACACUGCAGCAGCAGCCUGCCCCCAUCCAGCUAUGACACCCAAAGAUCAGAUACCGGCGCUGAGUUGAGGAUCGUUGUGGUUGGCAAAACCGGAGCAGGCAAGAGCGCCACCGGAAACACCAUCCUGGGUGGCGACGACCACUUCCGCGCCCAAUUGUCUCCCGGUUCAGGCAUGGCGACUUGCGAGAGGAAGACUGGCAUGGUGAGUGGCCGAUCGGUCAUCGUGGUUGACACCCCGGGUCUGUUUGACAGAAUAUUGGCUGCAGACGCGAUUAAAAGAGAGUUUGGAAAGUGUGUGGAGAUGUCCAUGCCUGGGCCUCACGCCUUCCUGCUGGUGAUCAAGCUGGGGAGGUCCCCCGAGGAGGAGAAGAACGCCUUGAAGUGGUUCCAGGAGAACUUCGGGCCGCAGGCAUUAAGGUACGCCAUAGUGCUCUUCACAGGUGGCGACCGGUUGAAGGGGAGACCUGUGGAGGAUUUAUUGCCCCGCAGGGCCGACCUCAGGGAUUCUGUCCACAGCUGCCAGAACCGAUACCACGUCAUCAACAACAAAGAGAAGAUUGAUCGGACUCAAGUCACAGGGCUGCUGGAGAAGAUCGAAGCCAUGGUGAUACACAACCGAAGGACAUACUACACCAACGCCAUGUACCAGGAGGCCCGGAGGAGGAUGAGAGAGGAGAGGAAGAUGCAAAGGCAGAAGUAUGAGAUGAGGAUCAGGCAAGAGGAGAAAAAGAAAGAACAAAAGAGAGCCACUAUACAAAAGGAGAUCAAGAGCGCAGAGAAAUGGAAAAAGUGCUGUUCCGUUCUAAAAGACGUCGGGGCCUUUGUUGAGGGCGGGGUAGAAGAAGAGGUUUGUGCAGCAGGGUUAGGAAAUGCGCUUGGUCUUCUGGACUAUGUGGUAGAUGACUACGAAGAUGACAUCAAGACAUUGACCAAAAAACUUUCUAAAUUAAAAUAGUUGAAAUUUACACCCAGAUGUGAUACCU